CAGGGGGCAGUAAGGAGCUGUGCUUGUUUUUAAAUCUGCCUCAAAGUCACGAAGCAGAGUGUGAGGCUCAGCAUGGCGGACACAGAGCAGCAGUCAGGAUCCACUCCUGAGGAUGAAGGACCUGAAGUCACAGCAGCCAACACCUUCAUGAUACCCAAAAAAGAAAUCAGCAUGGUGCCUGACAUGGGCAAAUGGAAGCGAUCCCAAGCGUAUGCUGACUACAUGGGCUUCAUCCUGACGCUGAACGAAGGCGUGAAGGGAAAGAAGCUCACGUGUGAAUAUAAAGUGUCAGAGACGGUGGAGAAGUUACUAGAUCUUUUGGGGACUCUGGACCGAUGGAUCAAUGAGACUCCUCCAGUUGACCAGCCGUCACGCUUUGGUAAUAAGGCCUACAGGACCUGGUACGCCAAACUAGACCAGGAAGCAGAGGCUUUGGUGUCAGCAGUGCUCCCUGCUGACAAAUCUGCAGCAGCUCCAGAGAUAGCCGUCUAUCUGAAAGAGUCAGUGGGGAACUCCACCAGGAUAGACUAUGGAACAGGUCAUGAAGCUGCGUUUGCCGCCUUCCUCUGCUGCCUCUGUAAGAUCGGAGCUCUCAGGGUGGAUGAUCAGCUGGCUAUCGUCUUUAGGGUUUUUAACAGGUAUCUGUCAGUGAUGCGGAAGCUGCAGAGAUACUACAGAAUGGAACCAGCUGGAAGCCAAGGAGUGUGGGGACUGGAUGACUUCCAGUUUCUGCCCUUCAUCUGGGGAAGCUCCCAGUUUAUAGAUCACCCAACACUGGAGCCUCGGCACUUUAUCGACGAGAAGGUGGUGAACGAGCAUCACCAGGACUACAUGUUUCUGGACUGCAUAAAGUUCAUCAAUGAGAUGAAGACGGGUCCGUUUGCUGAACACUCCAACCAGCUGUGGAACAUCAGCGCUGUUCCUUCCUGGUCCAAAGUCAACCAGGGCCUGAUCAAAAUGUACAAAGCAGAGUGUUUGGAGAAGUUCCCCGUGAUCCAGCACUUCAAAUUCGGCAGUCUGCUGUCCAUCCAGCCAACGAAGCCUUGACACUCAUGCCGUGCGCCCAAUGGAAAGACCAAAAUCCCGACAGUGUUCCCUUCCUCUGGCAUCCUCGCGCAAAUAGAAGAGUAGCAAAAAUCAAACCAUGUGUAGUUUGACACACGCAUUCCCACAUGUACAUGCAUGUGGUCAUGAAAGCUUGUAGGCCAUCCAUAACUUUAAUGCAGAGCAUGUUGUGGAUGACCUUUUGUGAUUUCGGAGCCUCUCUAUAUUUUUGUCAUUUUAUUUAUAUUUGACUCGGCUCCUUUUUGAGGCGUGGAGAGAUUUUUUUAUUUUUUUGUUUUAGAAGUGUGCUCAUUAAAGUUGAAUGCUUCAGAUCCUCUUGAGCAAUAGGCUCAUUCACAGAGUGAAUUUGAAAUAUUUUCAUGGUUUUGCUUUUAAGGUCAAAUGUUUUAAUUUUGUUGCGAAUGUACCAGCAUUUUAAUUGCCCAAGUCAUCCCGACAUGUAAGUCACAUUAAUAAUUACAGAAGAAAUAACUCUCUUUGUGUUUUUUUUCCUAAACUAAAUGUCCUGCUCAGAGGGAGCUUCCAUAACAGCUCAUCCAAAGUGGAAUGUAAAGAAUUUUUCUCCAUAAUUUCAUGAAAAGUCAGUUUAGGUGAGAAUCUUUGCAUUAGAUUUUAAUUUUCCCUCCAUAGUGUGUCCUUAACCAGUCACUGUCGAUAGUCCCAUACAUGAUACACCCAUGUCUCCAUCAUAGUCCCAUCUGACCCCAGUCUGAAGUUAACUGGUUUCCUUUUUUUGGGUUAAGUUAUGGUGAACAUUGUAAAAUGAUAAAGCAUACCUCAAUAAAUUCUUGUGUUUGUGCUGUGCAGCUUCCUCCUCAAAAUUCUCAACUGAAAGAUUGUAGUUUUUUUUACCCCAGAUUUGACUCCAAAUUAGAGAAAUUCGUUUCUCAAUUCUUCAUGUUUAGUUGGCAAAGAUCUUGGCAUGUGUUUUUAACUUAAUAAAACAAAAGUUAUUUGUAUCUUA